AUGGCACCAGCCACCACCACCACCACCGCCGAAGAGAUUCUUCUCCUCCUGCGCGAGGGCAAGCCCGAGUUACUCGGCGAGGCCGCCUCCCUCGUCACCCCCACCACCAACCUGGUGGUGGAGCGUGUGUUGACGGCCGCAGUCGACGCGGUCGCCAACGAGGAUGGCCUUGCGGCCAAGACCAUGAGGAAGGUGGACUUUCUCUGCCAAGUGGAUGGGGACGAGGAGCUGCUGGCGCUGGUGAGGCAGUACCUCAAGGGGAAGUUGAGUCGCGUGGGGGAGUUGAAGGAGAGGCUGGAGGCCGUGGCGGAGGAGGUGGAGGAUGAGGAUGAGGAGUGA